GUUUUCUUAUUUUAUUUUUGAUUUUUUUGCUCUUGCCAGCAAACCGCAGCUGCCUGGCCUCAGAGUUCACGUGCGUGAACAACCAGCCCCCGCAGAGGAAGUGCAUCCCCCGCGACUGGGUGUGCGACGGCGACGCCGACUGCUCCGACGCCUACGACGAGCACCAGAACUGCACGCGCCGGUCGUGCUCCACCAGCGAGUACACCUGCGCAAACGGCCUGUGCAUACGCGGCGCGUACAGGUGUGACCGUCGCAACGACUGCGGCGACGGCAGCGACGAGCAGGGCUGCACCUACCUGCCAUGUCAGCAGCACCAGUUCACGUGCCAGAAUGGCCGCUGCGUGUCCCGCGAUUUUGUGUGCGACGGGGACAAUGACUGUGGCGAUGAGUCGGACGAGCUGGACCACCUGUGCCGUACACUGCCCCCUACUUGUCCGCCUGGGAACUACAGAUGUGAGAACGGGAACUGCGUGCCAGACACCAAGGUGUGCGACAGGAACAACGACUGUUCUGACGGCAGCGACGAAAAAGGGUGUGGCAUCAACGAAUGCACGGACCCCUCCAUGCACCACUGCGACCACAACUGCACGGACACGCCCACCAGCUUCACCUGCACCUGCCUGCCGGGCUACAGGCUCAUGUCGGACGGCACCACAUGCGACGACGUCAACGAGUGCGCUGAGACGCCAGCCGUGUGCAGCCAGGUGUGUGAGAACACCGUGGGCUCGCACGUGUGCAAAUGCGCCCCGGGUUACCUGCGAGAGCCUGACGGGCGGAGCUGCCGGCAGAACAGCAACGUUGCCCCCUACCUGUUGUUCAGUAACCGCUACUACCUGCGCAACCUGUCGGCUGACGGCGAGGCCUACUCGCUCAUCCUGCAAGGUCUCACCAACGUGGUGGCACUAGACUUCGACCGCGCGGACAAACGCCUCUACUGGAUCGACGUGGCGCGCAGGACGGCCGAGCGCAUGUUCUUCAACGGCACGGGCAGGGAGACUGUGCUAAGCGGCCUGGCGCACAGCGAGGGCCUCGCCGUCGACUGGGUGGCUAGGAAGCUCUACUGGGUGGACAGCUUUCUGGACUGUCUCCAAGUGUCUGAGUUGGACGGGCGCUUUGUGAAGAAGCUGGCCGAGCACUGCGUAGAUGGCAACAACACGUACUGCUUCGAAAAUCCCCGGGGGAUUGUGGUCCAUCCUAAGUUUGGGUAUGUUCCUUUACAGUCUGUGGUCGCCUUCUACACAUGCAAG